GGCGCCGCCGAUCAGAAGGUUAGAGCGGUGUGCCCCGGGUUCCGGAGCGCUCCCGGGAGGAUGGUGUUUCGGCGGCUGCUUGCCGCCCUGCUGCACAGCCCGCAGCUGGUUGAGCGUCUCUCCGAGUCGCGGCCCAUCCGGCGUGCGGCACAGCUCACGGCCUUCGCGCUGCUGCAGGCCCAGCUGCGCGGGAAGGAUGCGGCCCGCCGCCUGCGGGGGAUCGCGGCCGGGCCCGCGGGCUCCCUGUGCCGCCGCGCUGCCCGCUUCAGAGACACCUUCAACCAGGAGCUGCGCCGCGGCCUCCGGGACCGCCCGGGGUCACCACCAGAAGCCCUACUCAUAAGAGAACCCAGACCAAACCGACAGCCUCUUUGAAGAUCUGUGAUCGAGUGAUCGGACAGGCACAGUAUGGAGACAGACGCCGAAGCCCGACGGAGAUAAAGAUCCGUGGACCGAACCACAGCCCUAAAGAGAUCUUGCCCACUGCGAAUGGGACCAGAACUCUUGAUAGAUGCUGCUGCCUCUGCCCUGAUAGAGCUCUGCUUGCGGGGAAGACCAUCGAUGAAAAGACAACCCCGCAGCUGCCAAAUUUCUCUGAUUAAAUGUGUGAGCUGAUUAAUGGGUCUGAGUGUGGUACUUCUCAGGCAAGAUGGAUUAGGAAUCCUGGGGACUAUAGGCCCAUGGUAAUAAUAGCGAACAUAUCGAGUGCUUCCCCUCUUCUGGCACUUGCUGAUUGCACUCUGUGUGAGAUAUCUUCUUUACUCCCUGCACUGUCGUAAGAGGAAGUGAUUACUUAAGUUGCCCAAGGCCUUACAGAGUGGGACAUGAACACAGGCAUUUGACUCCUGGGCCUAAGUUCUUAAUCACCAUGUAUGCAGCAUUUACCCUGAUUCUGGAUGCUGCCUCCCCCCCAUCACCGACCAGGCGUUAGGAUAAUGGCCCACCAUGGAACAAACUACCUGUGUUCCUAGUUCCCAUUUUAGAGGAUCUGGGAUACAAACUAAGGAAGGUUAUGGUCCAGCUAAUGAACCCAUGGUUAGGAAAUCUAUUAUAUAAAGAAAUGCCCUGUCAUUUGAGGUUCCUGGUUAAAUUUGAUUGUCUCUAAUUAAGCUACACAGUUAAUCAUGUAAUCUAGAAGGUUUGAAGCCACAGGAAAGGCAGAAUUUAUACCCUGGCUUUUCUGACAGUCAUGGAGAAUGAGCUGGAUAGCUCCUAGACACCUACCCCGGAGGGUUCAAGCUCAUGCUCAUUCACUGCAGGGGCGAAGCAAUGAAUGUUGAGGGGCCUAUGGCAAGCUGGAGAGCCCCUAACCCAUCUGGAGGGGUAGCAGUUACUCCAUGCCAGCUGGUUUUACUGUGUGGGACUGUACCCUGGUGGUGCUGGAUCUUCUAAUUGUUCAGAACUUGGAAAUUUCAUUGUCUACGAGAAAUCUGGUUUUUUAAAGUGUUAACAGGCCUAACAAAAUGGCUAUGGGCUACCAUUUUCCUAACUCAGCUCCGGCCCUGUGCUUCCUUGAAAAAUGGUGUUACACGGUAUUUGGGUAUAAAGGCUUCCUAGCCAUGUGUUAUAUUGUUUUUGUGCAGGUAGCCCUGUUUACUUUUCAUUUUUAUAGUUCUCCUGCGUCAGUGUCAGUCUGGAAACUUUUCCUAAGAAUAGGACCCUUCUCGCCACCUUCCUUAUUAUUAAGGGGUGAGUCAUGGUCUGCCGCCUCUGAAACCAACAACAGAUCCUCCUCCCACAGAUACCCUCCCACACCUGCAUCAGGCCAGUUCUGCAGAUAGACCCAGUGUGAUUGCUUUGCAGGGCACUGAAAAGAUGCCCCUCAAAUAAUGCUGCCUGCACCUACUGGAAUAGCUGUCUGUCCUUUUUUUCUCUGAGCACUAGCUGGCCUGCCCACAGGGUGUAUUUUCUAUAGCCUUGCUUCUGUUC